AUGGGAGACGUCUAUGUAGUGUCUCGGUCACUGGUUAGCGCUACCAAAAAGUACAUUUUCUUGGUGCCAGUACGCAUACGAUACAAGUUGAUCGCAUCAGGCCUACGCUUUCCGUUUUCUAUCCAGAGGCCUUUACUCAAGAUGAUGCAAGCGCCAGAAAGCGAACACUUCUCAAGCAUACAACGAGUUCGUUUCAAGACAUGGGUUGGUGAUUGGAUCGUGCAAGAUAUCCACAAGAAGCAAAAGAAUCCGAGAGGAUGGGUGGAAAUGACGGCUGCUGAAGCAGACCUUGUGGUGAUGUAUAUUCAUGGAGGUGGAUUUCAUCUUGGGACAUCGACUCAGUACAUGCCGGCAUUCUUGAACAUGAUCUCCCAGCUCAAAGACAAUCAUCAGCUAAACGAUGUACGCAUUCUCUCGGUCGAUUACUCUUUAUCACCUAUGGCUGCUCAUCCAACGGCAUUGAAUGAAUGUGUAUCGGCGUAUCGUUACCUUGUCCAUGAUCUCAGCAUUAGCCCUUCUCGGAUCAUUGUCGCUGGUGAUAGUGCUGGUGGUAAUCUCACAGCAGCGACCCUGCUAAAAGUACGGGAUCAACGACAUCAUGAAGAUUUAGCUGAGCUUCCACCUAUUCCAUUACCUGCUGGAGCAGCCUUGAUAUCUCCUUGGAUUGAUCUCGAUGACGAUCAUUCGAUUACAGCUGAAAAUGAUGUUGACAGUGACUUUGUACGAAGUUGGCAAAUACGGAGCUACUUCUCGGGAUACUUGCCACAACUCGCUCAAUUGAAUCAGCAAGAGCGUCAAGCAGUGCUACGACAACCCUAUGUAUCGCCUAUCUACGCUGAUUAUCGUGAAUUUUGUCCCGUAUUGUUGACAAUGGGUGGUGGAGAGUUUCUCAAGCCGCAGAUGGAAGCGUAUGCCAAAAAGCUAAAGAAGGAUGGUGUUGAUCUCGACAUAGCCACGCGACCUGAUGCACCCCAUGAUUACAUUGUCGAGUCAAAUGUAGCAGUAUCAAAAGAGCAAUGGCUGAAGGAUCUCAAAACAUUCACCGAUUGGUGUGCCAAGAGAGUAGUCGUGAGCAAAUAA